GCCCUCCACAAUCGAAGCCUCCGCCGCCGCCGCCGCCCGAGCCGCAGCUUGUUCGCUAAGCCUCUUCCGCCGCCGAAGCCACCGCUGUUUCCCUCCCCGCGGGACCGCCCCCCGUCUCUCGUAGCCAUGGCGAAGAAGAAGAAGGUGGUGGAACCGGAGGCGAAGGAGUUGGAGGAGGAGGCGGUGGUGGCCGAGGCGCAGGAGGCGGCGGAGCCCGAGCCGCCGGUGCGCCGGCCGUCGACGUUCGCGGAGCUGGGCAUCUGCCCGGAGCUGGUGGCGGCGUGCGACGCCAUGGGGUGGAAGGAGCCCACCACCAUCCAGGCCGAGGCCAUCCCCCACGCCCUCGAAGGGAGGGACCUGAUUGGGCUGGGGCAGACGGGCUCCGGCAAGACGGGAGCCUUCGCGCUGCCGAUCAUCCAGGCGCUGCUCAAGCUGGACAAGCCCCAGCCCUUGUUUGCCUGCGUGUUGUCACCCACAAGGGAGCUGGCUAUUCAGAUUGGACAGCAGUUUCAGGCGCUCGGCUCUGCGAUCAGUUUGAGUUGCACAGUACUCGUUGGAGGAGUCGAUCGGGUGGAACAAGCUUUAUCCCUUGCAAGACGCCCACAUAUUGUGGUUGGAACUCCUGGACGUCUUUUGGAUCAUUUGACCGAUACGAAAGGUUUUAGCCUUAAUAAAUUGAAGUACUUGGUUUUGGAUGAAGCUGAUAAGUUACUUAAUGUGGAGUUCCAGAAAUCCAUUGAUGAUAUCCUGAAUGUUAUCCCUAAAGAACGGAGAACUUUCCUUUUUUCAGCCACAAUGACCAAUAAGGUUUCUAAACUGCAGCGUGCUUGUCUCAGAAAUCCUGUUAAGGUCGAGGUAGCCUCCAAAUAUUCUACAGUGGACACACUUAAACAGGAAUUUUAUUUUGUUCCUGCUGAUUACAAGGAUUGUUAUCUUGUUCAUGUUCUGAACGAGUUGCCAGGGAGCAUGAUCAUGAUAUUUGUGCGGACCUGUGAAUCAACUAGGCUCCUUGCUCUCACCCUAAGGAAUCUUCGAUUUAAAGCUAUCUCUAUUAGUGGCCAAAUGAGUCAGGAUAAGAGACUAGGCGCUUUAAACAGGUUCAAAACGAAAGACUGCAAUAUCCUUAUUUGCACAGAUGUGGCAAGUCGUGGUCUUGACAUUCAAGGAGUUGAUGUGGUUAUCAAUUAUGACAUUCCAAUGAAUUCUAAGGAUUAUGUUCAUCGAGUGGGUAGAACUGCACGUGCUGGGAAUACAGGAUAUGCUGUGUCAUUGGUGAACCAAUAUGAAGCCAUGUGGUUUAAGAUGAUAGAGCAGUUCCUUGGAAGUGAGAUUCCUGAUCGUAAGGUGGAUAACAUAGAAAUCAUGAUACUUCGUGAACGUAUCUCUGACUCAAAGAGGAUUGCGCUGACGACGAUGAAGGAGAGCGGUGGCCACAAGAAGAAGCGGAGGAGGAAUGAAGAUGAUGAUGACGACGAGGAGCGUAAUGCUCCUGUUUCCAGAAAAUCGAAGUCCUUCAAUAAUUCAAGAAGACGGUGAAAGGAUUGGACUCCAAGGCCAUCGUGAAGCCUGCCUUUAAGCAUUAGAUGAGUUAGAUUCGUGAGCUAGAAUUAGUAUAUACCGGCAUACCACUGCCCCACUUUUAUGUUACCUUUAAGAGAAAAGCAAAUUUUUAUGUAGUCCAUUUUCACGAAUUAACUAUUUAUUUGGUUCAGGGGCAAUCUGGCUGGUUCUUUGUGGUGAGUUUUGGCGUAGCAGCGAUAUUUCAUCGUCUUCUAUCGAGUCUC